GGGCAAUGACUGGAUCCUGCUCCGAGGACUUUGUACAGAGAUUGGAUGUUGCAGAAUUGCAGCAUUCUCUUUGCCGUGGGUCUUACACAUAAGUCAGAGCUGCUCAAUUUUGAAGCAGAACAGAGAGGCCUAGAAGGUGGAACGGAAAGACACAGAAACAAAUAUACCAGGGUCUGCUGACAUUCAGGGAUGUAACUGUGGACUUCUCUCAGGAGGAGUGGGAAUGCCUGGGUUCUGAUCAGAGGGCUUUGUACAUGGAUGUGAUAUUGGAGAAUUACAGCAAUCUAGUCUUUGUAGAGAACCAUCGCAUAAGUGGAAAAAAUGAAAAAAUCCUCUACCAAGGCACAAAGCAUAUUGUCCAUCAGCAUGUGAAUAUCCAAGAGAAGUCUUAUAAAUGUAACAAGUUUGGCAAAAUGGUUCAUGAAUCCUCCCAGUGUAUACCUUAUGACACACGUGAUACUGCAGAAAACUUCAGUAAGUGCAGAUAUGGUAAACACAAGGAUGCUUCUGAUGAGUCAUCAACCAUAUACAGACAUAAAAGUGGGGACUCUAGAGAAGAACCUUGCAAGUUUAAAGACUGUGUAUACUGUUUAAAUUUGUUUCCCAUAAUCAGUCACAAUCAAAGAAUCCAUUCAUACCUCAGUAUACAACAGAGAAAGCAUUCUGUAGAGAAACCCCACAAAUGUAAGGCUUGUGGCAAAUGCUUUUAUCAGUUGUAUCAGGUUAAAUACCAUUACAAAACCCAUAUUGGAGAGAGACCUUAUAAAUGCAGCGAAUGUCACAAAUGUUUUAGCCAACUCACACACCUAAAAAGCCAUCAAACAAUUCACACAGGGGAGAAACAUUACAAAUGUAAUGAAUGUGGCAAAAACUUUAGCCGACUGACGUACUUAAGAACCCAUCAGAGAAUUCAUACAGGAGAAAAACCUUACAAAUGUAGUGAAUGUGACAAACGCUUCAUUCAGAAAGCCCAACUUACAAUACAUCAGAGAAUUCACACAGGAGAAAAACCUUACAAAUGCAUUGAGUGUGAGAAAUCCUUUACAUGUUGCUCCGGCCUUAGAAAACAUCAGAGAAUUCAUACAGGAGAAAAACCUUACACAUGUAAUGAAUGUAAGAAAUCUUUUACCAGUGGUUCAGAUCUUAGAAGACAUCAGAAAAUUCAUACUGGAGAGAAACCUUACAAAUGCAGUGAAUGUGACAAAUGCUUUAUUCAGAAAGUCCAACUUAGAAUACAUCGUAGAAUUCAUACAGGAGAGGAACCUUACAAAUGCAGUACAUGUGUUAAAGUCUUUACCCACCUCUCAGGUCUAAGAAAACAUCAGAAAAUUCAUAGUACUGAAGGAAAGUUUCCAUUAGUAAAAAAUGUAGCAUGUGCUUUAUCCAAGUUCUGCCCUUAAAAACCAUUGCAUACUCCACACUAGAAAAUCAUAAUGAGCAUGAGCAAUUUCUGAAAUCCUCUUAAGUAAUGUUCAAAUCUUAGAAAACAUCAAGAAUUUACAUUGAGGAAAAAUGAUUAAAAUGUGGCAAUGUAUGAAAUACUUUAUUAAAACAUUCUACUUUUUCAACCUCAAACACUUCAUAAUGAAGAAAAUAUGGAAAGGCCUGAAGAAUGUGCUGUUUGUGUAGCUGGUUCCUGGAGACUGAAAUGUUCUGUCCUUAAGAGAAGCUGAUAAAGGCAGGAAAUAUAAUUCCCAAAUGGCUUCAUGAAGUCUGUGAAACUGACAGGGUUCACUCUACUCAACUCCCAUAAAAAAAAA